AUGGAUCUUUCGAAGAUGUCAAAAUCCAGGACAUCAAGUAUUGAUAUCAACUUUCCUCUUAAGGGUCCUCCCACACCCUUGCCAGAGAGAGAAAGUCUGCAAGUUUCUUUACCUUUAGAUGUUACAGAUGGAGCAGACCUUGCGCCCAACUGCCAGACACCGAGGGAGAGCACCCUCGAUACUUUUGCCCCUGGACCGGAAGAACUGAUGUUUGCCCCCAAGAAGAAGGUGACCAAAGAAGCUCACCUUCCUGUCCAGCGGAAGCUGGACUUCGAUUCUUGCUGUGUUCCGAAGCAUCAACCAUGGGACACUCACUUGGAAGGAAGACCAGAAGAAGUGGCGUUCUUGGAGACGGUCUACCGGUCUAUAAUCGAAGCUAUCAUUUCAUGUCAAUCGGGGGGAUCAGUCAAUGUAGGGUCCUCAACGGAUGCAAUUCUCUUUGAUGGAUCGAGGACACCCACAGUGGCACCAUUGCUGAAUGGUGUUGCAGAGGCAUGCCCUGGUGCGCCCAUCAGGCGGGUUCCUCAGUCAAGGAAGCUCGGUGCUAAGAUCUGCCGGAAACUUGCGUUUUGA